AUGUUAUGCGCACCGGCUGCGGAACGUAACAAGCAGCCAAUAUUGGAUAUUCUCAAACAUUAUAUCGACAAUGAACCACGUACUUUGCUAGAAAUUGCAUCCGGUAGUGGCCAGCAUGUUUGUCAUUUUGCACCACAUUUUCCAAACGUCUUAUUCCAACCUUCUGAUAUGGAUGAUUGUAAUGUAAAAUCCAUAAAUCUCUACAUCGAUCAUUUCAAGUUAUGCAACGUUAAACAGGCUUUGAAAAUUGAUGUUCGGAAAGAUAUUAGCAGUUGGAAUUUGCCGAAUGAGUUUCAGCCGAAACACAUUGAUUAUUUAUUAUCAAUCAAUAUGAUACACAUCAGUUCAGAUGCCGCUGUUGAUGCACUAUUUAAGAAUGCUGGAUCAUUGUUGUCUAGUAAACAUGGUUUAUUGAUUACAUAUGGUCCGUAUGCAGUAAAUGGUCAAAUAACGCCACAAAGCAACACUGAUUUCCAUCGAUCACUUCGUUCCACCAAUCCUGAGUGGGGUUUACGUGACAUAAAUGUUUUGAAAGAGGAAGUUUGGCGUUUCAAUGUUCUGACUGAUACCUGGGAACUGAUGUCCAUACCGGAAAAAGAUUUUCCAGAAGAAUUGGCAUCAUUUGCAAGUUGUUUUUUCGGUGAACCGAUUUUAUCUGAAUUUUAUAUGUUUGGUGGAACCGCAGUCCCAUUCGGUACAACAGCUUCUAAUUCAGUCAACGUACUUAAGCGCGUAAAGGAUGAAACUUUUAUUUGGAAAGAAUUGAAAACCAUUGGUGAUGUACCCAUUAAGCAAUAUGGUUCAUGUCUUGUACAUAAUAAUGGAAAAUUCUAUGUGUUUGGUGGAACUACUGGCUGGGAAUAUAAUUUAGAAGUUCGUAGCUUAGAACCUGAAUUCAGUGGUAACAAAGAUUAUGCAGGUCGACGAGAACCAAUUCGCUGGAAAUGGACACUUCUUCAUAAUGGAUCAGGUAUCAACGGUCGUUACAGACACGAAGCUGUAGUUAUUAACGAUGAAAUAAUACUGAUAGGAGGUGGUACUCCGGAAUGGACUUCACCACUUACAGAGGGUCGGUUAUAUUACGGUUGCGUAAAAUUUGGAAAUAAUGCUUACAUUCUUGGUGGUUGUACAGAAAAGUCAGUAAUGCACCGCUUUAUUGAUCGGAUAGUUUUGCGCCCGAGGUUGCUCCAAGAUUGUUGGCAACUUGAUCUGAAGGAAUGGCGUUGGAAAUUGUUGUCUGGUGAACUAAAUCAGCAGAUAUGUUUCCACGCAGCUACUGUUACUCCAGAAGGUUGCAUUUACGUUUUUGGUGGUACAACGGAUGAAAAAUUCGAAAGACGGACAAAUCAGCUGCAGAGAUGUUGGAUCAAACCGCCAACUCUAUUUUACAUCGCUGCACGCGCUAUUAUUAAUGCAUAUCCUACUCUUUCUGAUCGUUUUCAUGACAUUGCGCUAACAAAUAUUUUCGAUUACUUACCAUCUUCAUUUAAUUAA